AUGACCACUGGGUUAAGCUUAGAUGAGGGGAAAGUUAUUGAGGGCCGGCCAAAAGCCCUGAGGGACAAAGUCCUUAUUGUUUUCUCUAAUAAAGUCUUUAACCGAGAAGAAAUUCUCUUCGAAGUAUUUGGGGUAGAAGACAACGCAGGCAAGCAAGUUCACCGGGGAGUUGAUUGGACCACUAAAUAUUAUACCGUGACUAUCGAUGUCUAUGUCGAUAGUUUCUCCAACUUAGAAGACUGGACAAACGAAUUCUGCGAUCCAGAUUUUGAUGAGCUGCGGGAUGUAAUAGCGGGCUGGAUAAUAGUCUUACCGUUCAGUGGAAAUAUAGAAGAAGAAACAAAAGCGCUUUCACGACUGGUGAAUAAUGCGACAAGCGAGGAUUUCUUUACAGCGAUACUAGCUACAGAAUUAAAUGUUGGCAAAAAUGAAAGGGCGUUUUUGGAGUAUAACGUUCUGGCAGGUGCAGUCGAGCUUGUUCACAAUGAGUUAGAUUCAGAUGGCGAGCUCAAAGAAGUCAACGGUGUUGACCGUGUAAAAGAGAUCAUAGACACUUGUGACUGGCAUCCGCGGCUUCUGAGAACCGCACACUUGGAAUCAGAGACUGGCAUGGAAAGCGCAUGCACGGGCAUAUCGCUAGCACAGAUUAUGGGAAGUUUGCGAGAAGCAAGGACCAAGUACAUGGCAAUGGAUCCCGGCCUUGACAGAGAGGAAUUUGCGAAUGAGAUGGCAAAUGAACUGAGUAAGCUUUUAUGA